AUGCAGAGUGCAUACACAAUAAAGGUUAGUGAAAGGCAGGCUGAUGGUGUUCGUGAUGUUUCAGUCUUCCAUCAUGGGGAACUUCACUUUUCAACAUCACACCGGAAUAUGAAGUGGGCCGUUCUUACGCGAUUCCCAGCUCCUUUUACACAACAUGGGGGCUCCUUACAUCCGGCGGCAAUCUCACUACCAGAUGAAAAAUGCGAUGUCGCCUCUGCUUGUAGGGGCAACGAGAAACAACGGGAUCCAGUUGUUGUUGGGAAGAGUGAUAUCGACAGUGGGUCAAAACUCAUGUAUGAAUACCUCUGCGUUUUCCACUGCGAUGAACCGCGGAACCGUCUUAGUCACUACACUGCUCAUCAGCCAUGGACUAUUUGUUCAGCGUACAGCACAGCGGACCCGGCUGCCGUGACGCACUUCGUGCUAAACAAUAUUAAUCCCUCCUGCGUUGUGCCCGGUCUCCGUGGUGUGUUUGUUCAUGGCACACCGCAAAGUGUUCCCACUGUCCCAUCACCGUUAAUUCAAGUCGGUGUAAACACCUUUCAGCCCGCUGCUGAUUUGUGGUGGAUGGUCUCUCAGUUGGCGAUUAAUCCGGUAUAUGUUUCCGUAGGUGGAGGUAACCCCGCCACGUGUCUUCCCACAGGCGACGCCGCAGCGAAUUCAACACGCAUGCAUAUUUACAACUGUGAGGACAACAUGGAGUGCGUUGCGCCCAAAUAUGCACUGGUAGGGUCUACUGUUCUCGCCCAGUUUCAGGUUUCGGAAGAUAGAAUGAUGGUGGUUGCAGUUGGUGGAAAUGAUGUUCGUUUGGCUAUGACCACCGUUAGUGAGCACGUGGGAAUUAUGUUGUGGGUGUGGUGGCCCCAACGGUUGCAUAUGCCUAAUCUCCGCGUUAAGGGUGCCUCUGUCUCGUUAACGGUGUCGGAGAGUUGCCGUGCCAACGUGCAAGUCCUGUUUCUUUUCGACGCCUCGCGUGGUUCGCUACACGUUCUGAGGACACCGGAUCUUCUUACAGCUAAGGGAUCGCUGGACUUACUGUUUACCAUAUCAACAAAUUGCCCGCCCGUCGUUCUUCCCUGUAUGUGCUCUUCCAUGAUGCAACCCAUCAUGGUUUGCAAUAGGCCUUCUGUGAAUGAAGUCGCGCUCUACUACGUCCCGGAACUAUUACGAACACCACUGUCUACCAACUACAUGGCCACAAUGUCUCUUAGCGGGGUGCUACCUAAAAAUGUUAUCGUUGAAGGAGUGUCGUACCACAACGGUUCGACCGUUGUUUUCGAGGCUGCAGUGGCCGGUAGUGAUAGGGAGCCAUCUGUUGCAGCUAGUCAUCAACAGUAUGCAUUCAACUUUCCUUCACUUCUGGAUGAACAACAUCCGCUUGCUCGUUUCAUUUUGGAGGCUCUUGAGCCGGUGUUCGAAACUGAAUGUGUGGCCCUACUGCAAUGUGAGUUGCUCCGACGCUCGUGGAAAAGUAAACGCAAAGGGCAAGUAUGGGACUUUGGCACUGGAUGCUUAGAGCUUAUUGCAAACAUUGUACACAACAGUAUGUCUCCCAAUAGUGACAGAAGGGGUAGUCCUUCUGGGGGGGGAAGAUACGCGGCAGCGGGUGGCAGCGGUAGUGGUCGGUCCGUCAGUCAAAUGUGUGAUGCUGCGCCGUCCGGUUUGGAGUUGCAAACUUCCUCAGCUUGCACGUUUGUAGACAAAAAUUUUCGUCUUUGCGACGUCGUAGCGGAUCCCAUUCUCAUGACAGCUGACACACUGCAGAAAAAUGCCUUUCGGUUUCAAGACCGAGGACAUCAUGAAAACCAUGGAAAGUUUAGUUCUGAACUUGACCAUGGAAACAUAUGGACAAAGAAACAAUGUGGGCUAUGUGUUUUCACACUCCAUCUACUCUACGAAAGUCUCAAGUUACAGGAACGCUUUUGGAUUCUACUUGAACCUUUGGCACGGUUAAACCUGCGACUAAGUGAAAUUAUGCAGUGGUCUCAGUAUACUCGUUACUACUCAACAUGCUUGUGCGAAACGGAAACUGAAGAUUUUGCAGGACACACCACAACUGGCGCCUCUCGAACGGGGACUACCGUUUCUUUCCAGCGCGCGCUCCCCGAGAACCUUCUUAUUGAGUAUUUCAAAUUUCACACCUCUUCCUCGACAGCGGCAGUUAUGAGUGGUGCGCCUCCCUUAUUGUAUACUAUUCUUCAGCGUGUGCUUAAGGGGAAAGCACGGACUUCCGGUGGUUGGCCCGCUAUUCGUGGCAUCACCAGCAGCAAUCCACUUUCGUUGGCCAACAAACUCUUUUUUAUGCUGGUAGAUUGCUUCGAUGCACCGCAAGUGACCGCAAGAGUACCUACGAGUUGGUGGUUCACCUUGUGCAAAGGGUUGCUGGAAUAUGAUAUUGACCCCAAAUUCGUCUCAACGGAGCUCUGCGCUGGCGUUGGGCAGCCUAUCGAGAGAGCGUUGUGUAUUGCAAAGGACCAUCCCGACGAUAUAUGGAAUGAUGACUUUAAUACGAUAAUUGGGCGUUUGGACAGGCUUCAGCACAAUUUAACAUCGACACGGUGCGUCAAUCCAGCUGGUGAUGUUGUGCGGACAGCACAAGAGAGGGCAAUCGGUAGGGAGUACAGGGCCACAUUGAACGAUGACGAUGGUGUUAUUAUGCGGCCUGACUUUCCAAAGCGCUGGGGUGAUUCUCGUUUAGAUAUUGUUCAGAGCAUGUUCAAUACGGCGGCACCGAUCACCCUGCCCAGUCAAGUGGAUGGUACGGAUGCAAUAUACGGUUCAUUAAGGAACCUUUCAAGGAGAGCAACUGCCUUACCUGUUGGACGUGGAAUGUUUACCCUAUGUACGCAAAAUUUUCGGGUGAGGGACAGUGUCCCGAUACCUCCACUCAACCUGGAGGGGCGAACUAGUGAUGGCAUCACCAUUACAAAUAAUUUUGAGGAGGCAGAGCCAGUGAAUAUCAUAUGGCCGCUUUUCCAUAACGGGUGUGCUGCAGGACUGCGAUUUCUUUCGUUGCCCCAUUUCAAAGGACAUCGUUCAGCAAAAGAGGAAGAAUCCAUCACACGGCAUUGGGUGCUCUAUCAGACACGAAAUAUUUCUUGCCCAGCAUCACGAUCUGGACUUCUUCUAGCUGCGGGCCUACUCGGCCACCUUAAGGUCCUUCAACGGACCGAUAUUUAUUCCCUUCUCGUAUCACCACAGUCCCAGUUCUCGGGACGCGAAGCGGUUACGAUUGCUGUGUUGCUGGGGUUAAGCUGUAGUUUACGUGGCACAUCAAACCCUGUUGUGUUCAAUUGUGUCUCAAUGCAUGUGCAGUCACUUACGCCAGCCACCGAAGACAUCGAAGUUUCACUUGAUGUACAAACUGCCGCCUCCGUGUCACUUGGGCUUUUGUACCAGGGAACACCCGAUGCCUUUUUUGUCGAGAUGUUACUCAUUCAAAUGUCACGUCUCCCUUCGGAUGAGCAUUUCCGAGACCGUGAGGGUUACGCCCUUGGUGCAGGUUUUGGUCUUGGACUGUUGCUGCUUGGAACCGGAAGCUCCCAUGGCGUGCCCAAUGUGGAAAACCGUUUACUGAAGUUUAUGGAAGGGGCUCGCCGCGAGGCCGCACCAUCCGCGUGUGAAGGACUUGAAGUAUUCAACGAAGUCAACCCUGACAGCGGCCACUUUCUGACACGAGCACAAAUGGCGCGAAACGCCAAGGAAUCGUUUAGGAACCAAUCUACACGAGUAUACGAAGGCGAUUGCUUUAAUAUAGCUGUCUCCGGUCCUGCUGCUGUGGUAGCACUGGGGUUCAUUUAUCUGCAAACCAACGAUGCGCUCAUAGCAGAUAAGAUUGCUCCACCCAACCGUCUUGUGGGAUUGCAAGGAGUUUUCCCGGAGUUGUGCCUCCUUCGGACGAUGAUGUCUUCCCUUAUCAUGUGGUCCAAGGUUGAGCCAACACAAGAGUGGAUUUUCCAGAAUGUCCCAUCCUGCCUACUCCGCCUCGUGCACUCACCAAAGAAAAGUGGUCUCGCUCCGUCGCAGAUUCGCUAUCUGACGAUGAAUCUUGGUUACUGCAUUGCUGGUGCUGUUCUGGCAAUGGGCAUGCGGUUUGCAGGUUCUAUGAAUGCGGACGCCAAGGUGACGGUACUUGCGGAAUUAAAUGGGUUUCUUCGUGGUUUUAUCGGUUCUACCAAGACGGGGAUCACAAGUAUACAGAAUUCUACGGGCGCCUUUCUUCCGUGCAUUUCGGCGUGCGCGAUAGCAUUGGCACUAGUUACUGCUGGAACAGGUGAUGUUCAAUGCCUCGCUGUUAUGCAAAAGUUGCACAAACGCAUGAAUGUGGGUUAUGGCGAUCAUCUUGCUAUCUCCAUGGCUACUGGACUUCUUUUCCUCGGUGGAGGGCAACUGACACUUUCGAACUCGCUUUCUUCUGUUGCGGCCCUUAUCAUGGCUUUCUACCCUGUUUGGCCUGAGACAGCGUCUGACAAUAGAAUGCAUCUGCAAGCAUUGCGACAUCUAUACUGUCUCGCCGUGGUUCCCCGACUUAUUGAAACAAUUGAUGUGCUAACGAACCGUCCGGUGUCCGUUCCUGUUCGUGUCAUUGUUAAUCGAGGAAGGUUGUUUCAAAAUGAACCUUCGAGUGUUGUGAAAGAGAUGUGGACGCCUGUGCCGAAGGGUAGAGAAAACCAAGCGGUCCGUAUGGUGACACCAUGCCUCUUGCCUGAACUUAGUACAGUUGCACAAAUCGAAAUAAGGAGUGCUCAGCACUAUAAUAUGACCAUAUGCAACAUGGACCCCAAUGUCAUUGGUGAUGGUGGUAUUGUUGUUCGCGUUCUUGAGAAAAAUGUAACCAGCACAGAGGACGGCAAAUCUGGUCGUAGCCUUGGGGAGGAACUUGUGGUGAGCUGGAUACAACGCCUAUUCCAUGAACAAAUGCAGUUGCGGCCCGGACCAAUAGAAGCUGGGGUCAUCAUUGACAACGUAAACCUCUUGUUCACCUGUCAGGAAAGAUUUCUAGCGGAUUUGAGUCAUUCCGAGCGGGAGUUUUCUUUAGAUUUUAUAAUGAACGUGCGUCGGACGUUAAACCGACGGUACAGCGGCCUAUUGCGACAUACCGGAAGGUUGUCCACGCGGCACCCUCUUUCUCAGUUGAUUAAGAAGCAGAAAUCCGUGUAUAGCACGGCCUCUUCUCUUGUACAGACACUUGUGAGUGAUGAUGGGCACUCCAGUGACCUUGCGCCUAUUGCGGAAGCCCUUCUCAUGUAUGCCGAGGCCACAGGAAUGGAGUCAACGGGUAACAGCGAAGCCUUCCACGUUUCUUUUGUCAUGCAAUGGCUUUCUCAGGCACUUCACUUUUACGGUCUUGUCGGACGGACAAAACCUCUGUCGCAGUUGCUAACCAAGUAUACUGACGUACUUCAACGGCGGGAACAAAGGGUUUACGCACUCUACCGCAUGAACCAAACCUUGUUGCUUCGCCCUGAAGUGCUUGAAGACUUGGUGGAUUGCUGUGUAGAGCUGGCAAACUAA